GGAAGAUUGGAAAUGCAGCUCUGGAGUUUGCUGCUGCCUCUUGCGCUUCUCUGUACAGCCCUGGCCAGUGGACCCGAAUGUGGGAUGGACGAGCGCUCCCGCAGGGCAAGAAGGGACACCCGGCACAGCCGCCAGCUCCUCCACACCGCCCCGGGCACCUGUGCCACCAGGUUAGCCCGAGGAAGGCGCUCCACUGCGGGGCUGGAGCCGGGGCAUGGCCCCCGCAGGAGGCAACAGCGGGAGGUAAAGGACGAAGAGGAGUCCCUUACCCCGAGCAGGGCGCUCUAUUUCAGUGGACAAGGUGAUCAGCUGCGGCUGAAGGCAGACGUUGAGCUGCCCCGAGAUGCCUUCACUUUGCAAGUGUGGCUGAAAGCUGAAGGAGGACAGAGAUCUCCGGCUGUCAUUGCAGGACUAUAUGACAAAUGUUCUUACACCUCCCGUGACCGAGGAUGGGUCCUGGGGAUUAACACCGUCAGUGACCAGGGGAAUAGAGACCCCCGCUAUUUCUUCUCUCUGAAGACGGACCGUGCUCGCAAAGUAACCACCAUUGCAGCACAUCGCAGCUACCUCCCCAACCAGUGGGUGCAUCUGGCUGCCACGUAUGAUGGGCACCUGAUGAAACUCUAUGUGAAUGGUGCCCAGGUGGCCACGAGUGGAGAGCAAGUGGGCAGCAUCUUCAGUCUUCUGACCUUGAAGUGCAAGGUGCUCAUGGUUGGAGGAAAUGCCCUGAACCAGAACUAUCGGGGUUACGUAGAGCACUUCAGCCUCUGGAGGACAGCCCGGUCUCAGAAGGAGAUUUUGUUGGACAUGGGCCAGGCAAUUCACAGGCAAGACACGCCUCUACCUCAGCUAGUUCUUCAAGACAGUUUACUGAAUGUGAAAAACACCUGGUCUCCCAUGAAGGAUGGCAGCAGUCCUCAGAGCAAGUUCAGCUAUCAUCAUGGCUAUUUGCUGGAUACCAGCCUAGACCCUCCUCUCUGCGGGCAGACAGUCUGUGACAACACAGAUGUAAUCGCCAGCUACAACAAGCUUCCCAGCUUCCGCCGCAACAAAAUCGUUCGUUACCGUGUCGUAAAUCUCUAUGAUGACAAGCACCAGAAUCCCACUGUCAGCCAGCAGCAGAUUGAGUUCCAGCAUCAGCAUUUAAAUGAGGCUUUCAGCCGCUACAACAUCACCUGGGAGCUGGAGGUGCUGGAGGUGAAGAACUCUUCUCUUCGCCACCGACUCAUCCUGGCCAACUGUGAUAUCAGCAAGAUCGGGGACGAGAACUGUGAUCCUGAGUGCAACCACACCUUGACUGGGUACGACGGCGGAGACUGCCGACACGUGCGCCACACGCUCUUCAACAAGAAGAAGCAGAACGGGGUGUGUGACAUGGAUUGUAAUUACGAGAGAUACAACUUCGAUGGUGGGGAAUGCUGUAACCCAGAGAUAACAGAGGUCACCAAGACGUGCUUUGACCCAUAUUCUCCGUACAGAGCAUACUUGGAUGUCAAUGAGCUAAAGAACAUACUCAAACUGGAUGGAUCCACACACCUCAACAUCUUUUUUGCCAAUUCCUCUGAGGAAGAGCUGGCUGGAGUGGCAACUUGGCCCUGGGACAAGGAAGCCUUGAUGCAUCUAGGUGGCAUUGUGCUGAAUCCUUCCUUCUAUGGAAUCCCUGGCCACACGCACACAAUGAUCCAUGAAAUUGGGCACAGCCUGGGGCUCUAUCACGUCUUCCGGGGAAUCUCAGAGAUCCUCUCCUGCAGCGAUCCAUGCAUGGAAACUGAGCCCUCCUUCGAGACCGGGGACCUCUGCAGUGACACCAACCCUGCUCCUAAGCACAAGCUGUGCGGGGAUCCUGGACCUGGCAAUGACACGUGUGGUUUCCACAGUUUCUCAAACACACCGUUCAGUAACUUCAUGAGCUAUGCAGACGAUGACUGCACAGACUCCUUCACACCCAACCAAGUGGCCAGGAUGCACUGCUACUUGGACCUCGUCUAUCAGAGCUGGCAGCCCGCGAAGAAACCAGCUCCUGUUGCAAUUGCCCCCCAGAUCGUGGCUCGGACCUCCACCUCUGUCACCCUGGAGUGGUUUCCGCCCAUUGAUGGCCACUUCUUUGAAAGAGAAGUGGGAUCAGCAUGUGAUCUGUGUGCAGAAGGAAGAGUCCUGGUGCAAUACGCCUUCAGCGCUUCUUCCCCGAUGCCCUGCGAUCCCUCGGGGCACUGGAGCCCACGGGAAGCAGAAGGGCACCCUGAUGUUGAGCAGCCUUGUAAAUCUAGUGUCAGAACAUGGAGUCCCAACUCGGCAGUCAACCAACACACGGUGCCCCCAGCGUGUCCCGAGCCUCAGGGCUGCUACCUGCAGCUGGAGUUUCGUUAUCCUCUGACUCCAGAGUCUCUCACAGUCUGGGUGACAUUUGUUUCCCCAGACUGGGACUCCAGUGGAGCGGUGAACGACAUCAAGUUGCUCACCAUCAGCGGAAAAAACAUUUCUCUCGGACCGCAGAACGUCUUCUGCGACAUCCCAUUGACCAUAAAGCUGGAUGCGGGACAAGUGGGUGAAGAGGUGUAUGGAAUCCAGAUCUACACUCUGGAUGAGCACCUGGAAAUUGAUGCUGCCAUGCUGAGCUCCGUCCCCCACAGCGCGCUGUGUGCAGACUGCAAACCCAUCCAGUACAAAGUGGUUCGGGACCCUCCUUUCCAGUCUGGAUCUCCAGUUGUCAUUUCAAACCUCAGCAGAAGAUUCGUUGACAUGGAACUGAGCGAUAGGACCACAUACAUGUACCAGGUCGUCAUUGUUUCCGGGACGGAGGAGAGCGAGCCUUCCCCCGCGCUUGUGUAUAUCUCUGGAAGUGGAUACUGUGGAGACGGGAUUAUCCAAAUAGACCUGGGGGAAGAAUGCGAUGAUAUGAAUAAGAUCAACGGUGAUGGCUGCUCCCUGUUCUGUCUGCAGGAGUUAUCCUUUAAUUGCAUCGAUGAACCCAGCAGGUGCUAUUUCCACGAUGGUGAUGGAGUAUGUGAAGAAUUCGAGCAAAUGACCAGCAUCAAAGACUGUGGCGUUUACACUCCCAAAGGCUUCCUCGACCAGUGGGCUUCCAAUGUCUCUGUCUCACAUCACAGUGACCAGCAGUGCCCAGGAUGGGUGGUCAUCGGUCAGCCAGCAGCAACCCAGGUGUGUCGAACUAAAGUGAUUGACUUGAACGAUGGUGUCUCUCAGUAUGCCUGGUAUCCCUGCACAGCCAGCUUCCAGUACUCCCACAUGACACAGACCGUUUUCUGGCUGAAGGCUUAUUUUUCCCAGCCCAUGGUAGCUGCAGCAGUCCUAGUUCACUUGGUCACUGAUGGGACCUAUUACCUGGACCAGAAGCAGGAGACCAUCAGUGUGCAGCUGUUUGACACCAAGGAACAAAGCCAUGAUCUUGGUGUCCACGUCCUGAGCUGCAGGAACAAUCCCCUGAUUAUCCCCGUCAUCCAUGACCUCAGUCACCCUUUUUAUCACACCCAGGCUGUCCUCAUUAGCUUCGGCUCCCAGUUUGUGGCCAUCUCCGGGGUGGCCCUGCGUUCCUUCCACAACUUCGACCCCAUCACCAUCAGCAGCUGCCAGCGAGGCCAGACCUACAGCCCGGCGGAGCAGAGCUGUGUCCACUACUCCUGCGAAGCCACCGACUGCCAAAAACUGGAGAUCGAGAACGCGCAGCUGAACUGCACCGGUGGCGGGUGGUACAACGGUGCCCAGUGCAACGUGAGCUGCAGGACAGGCUACAUUUUGCAAGUCCAGCGAGACGAUGAUCUCGGCAAGAGCCAGAUGGAGUCCAGCAUCACCAUGACUUGCACGGAUGGAAAGUGGAACAAGCAGGUGACCUGCGAGCCCGUGGACUGCGGUGUCCCAGACCAGUACCAUGUCUACCCAGCCACCUUCAACUGCAGCGAGGGGACCACCUUUGGCAAGAAAUGCUCCUUUACUUGCCGACCUCCAGCUCUUCUGAAAGGAAACAACAGCAACUUGACCUGCAUGGAGGAUGGGCUAUGGUCCUUUCCGGAGGCCCUGUGUGAGCUGAUGUGUCGAGCACCCUCCAUCGUCCCUAAUGCAGAUCUCCAGACCACUCGUUGCCGAGAAGAUAGGCACAAAGUGGGCUCGUUUUGCAAGUACAAAUGCAAACCAGGUUACCAUGUCCCUGGAUCCUCCAGAAAAGCAAGAAAGCGAGCCUUUAAGAUCCAGUGCACCCAAGACGGCACGUGGCUGCCGGGCGCUUGCGUGCCCGUUACCUGCGACCCUCCACCUUCCAAGUUUCACGGGCUCUACCAGUGCUCCAACGGCUUCCAGUUCAACAGCGAGUGCCGGAUCAAGUGCGAAGAUGAUGACAAUCAGUCGGGCCGUGGAAGCAACGUGAUUCACUGCCGGAAGGAUGGCACCUGGAGUGGCUCCUUUCAUCUCUGCAGGGAAAUGCAGGGCCAGUGCGCGCUGCCCACGCAGCUCAACAGCCACCUGAAGCUGCAGUGUGCCGGCGGCUACGGCAUAGGUGCGGAGUGUACCACCUCAUGCCUGGACCACAGUCACGAGCCCAUCCUCCUGCGUGUGAACGAGACUGUGCAAGACAUCCAGCACUGGAUGAACCCUCAAAGAGUGAAGAGCGUUGUCUGCACGGCAGGACUCAAGUGGUACCCUCACCCUUCCCUGAUUCAUUGUGUCAAAGGCUGCGAGCCUUUCAUGGGAGACAACUACUGUGACUCCAUCAACAACCGAGCCUUCUGCAACUAUGAUGGUGGGGACUGCUGUGCCUCAACAGUCAAGACCAAAAAGGUUACUCCCUUCCCUAUGUCCUGUGACCUACAAGGAGAGUGUGCUUGCCGGGACCCCAACGCCCAAGAGCACAAUCAGAAAGACCUCCGCAGCUUCAGUCUUGGAUAA